AUGCAAAUUCUGAAUGCAAGAACAAAAAACCUUUUUUUUUUAUACGGAAAUGGUUACCAAAAUGAAGAAAAAGUAAAAGCAGUUGCAACCAUGUUACAAAAUAAAAAUACCGAUUUUAAAAUAUUAAAUUAUUCUAAUAUUAUGACUUGUGUGAAUCUUUUUAUUAAAAGUCGUGUAGAAUGGUCACCUUGUUACAAUAUUAUUUUUUAUUACUCUGGUAAAAUUCAAUAUGGAGAUGAUGAAACUAUUUCACUAUGCUCUGUUGAUAAAACAAGUUCUUUAGAUGAUAUUUAUUUGAAUAUAAAAGCAGAACUUGCUGAUAAAAAUAAUGAUGAACAAUUAUCAGAAACUAAAUUAAAACUAAUAUUUAUCAUUGAUUCAUAUGAUGGUUCAUUAAAAGAGGAUGAUAAUUUAAGAUAUAAAAUUACCCUUAACUAUCUUAAGAAUGGUUCAAAACUACCAAAAUGUUCAUAUCCAUAUGGCGUAAUGACACUUCCAAGACCAUUUAAUAAUGUAUCAAUAAGAGAUUCUAUUGAAAAUAAUCAUUUAAAAUUAUCUCCAUUCACAAAUUUUUUAAUAAAUAGAAUUAAUAGUAUUGAAUUUGGUAGUAGAAUAAUUUUUAAUACUGCAAACAUUUUAGCAUCAGAAUUUUGGUCCGAGUUUAUAGAAAGUUGUACAAAUUCUGACCCCAGUUUUCUUAUAAAGGUUGGUGAAGAAUUUAUAGAUAUUCAUGAUAGAAAUGACUCAGAACUUAAUGAAAUAAUAAAUCAAUCAAUCAAAAACAGAGAGUUUAAAAUAUUAUCAAGCGGAAACGAUCCAAUGAUUAAAAAUUAUCGUUAUCUUCAGUCUUUACCAUUAGCGAAUUCAUUUAAAAAUUUUUAG